AUGGCAUCCUCCUCUCCCUCCUCUGCUUCCUCCACCGACCGACCAAACAAGAUCCUACUGCUCGGCGCUGGUGAGCUGGGUCAGGCCAUUAUUAGCUCAAUCGUGGAGCAUCCAAUCUUCACGGACAUCAAGGGCAGCACAUUGACAAUUGCAUUGCGACCCUCAAGCCUAGAGAAUCCGACAGAUGCGCAAAAGGCUCUACAAACAUCCUGGCUGAUUAAGCCUCAAAUCAGCCUUCACGGACUGGACUUGGAAGCCACGCCGCUCGCAUCGCUGACUGAAUUUCUUGCAACAUCCAACUUCACCACUGUGAUUCAUGCCGGUGGUAUGACCUCAAUUGAGGGUACAUAUACCAAACUAGCGCGAGCAGUCCUCGACGCCAAAGUCGGCUUGUAUCUGCCCUGGCAGUUUGGGCUUGAUUACGAUGUGAUUGGGCCAGCGGCUGGACAUGGCUUGUUUGCGGAGCAGUGUGGCGUGCGUGUCCUGUUGCGGGAACAGACACGCACAAAGUACAAGAUCAUCUCCUGUGGAAUGUUUAUGAGUUUUCUCUUCGAGCAGGCGUGGGGUGUUGUGGUCAAGGAGCCGCCAGAAGACGGCCAAGGUCGGGAAAGGAUUCGUGUGAGGCCCGUGGGCGGCUGGGAAACGCCUUUGACAGUCACCACUGCAGAGGACAUCGGCAGAGCGACGGCCGAGAUUGCUCUUACUGCUGGCACUCGUGACAAACCCGACGACAGUCAUGUCGCUGUCCAUCGAGAUGUGGUCUUUAUUGCUGGUCAGACGGUGACGUACUCUGAAUUGGCAGAUUUGUUGGCGAGCGUAACGGGUAAGGAAGUCAUCAAGGAUGGAAGCUGGACUGUGGGGUAUUUGAGCGCAAAAAUGGACGAGGACCCUGGCAAUAAAUUGUGGCGAUAUAGAACCGUAUUUGGCCAGGGAAUUGGAACUGCGUGGCCGGUAGAGGGCACAUUGAACGAUGACAAGAAAUGGGCGUUUGAGGGGAUAGGAGAAUGGCUCAGGAGGUGUUGGACAUGA